CGUUAUCAGGCGAUUAGCGACAUGUCGCCAUGAUUUAUUUGGCCUGACAGUGUGACGAUACGAUGAUGUCUCGUCGCGAUACUUGCACUUUCUGAUGGCGUUCGUUGACGGCGGUUAUGAGAAUCGCGGAAAGGAACGCGCGAGGAGUUAUUUUUUCGCGAUGCGCGUGCGAGAUCUGUGUUCUCGUCAUAAGCAUGGGAGCCUAGGAUGCACGGCAGCGUUAUCGGUGUACAUACCUGUAUAUAUUAUCGUAAAUUUUUCAUUUUCUCGCUAUGCGUACCUGAUUUAAUUACUUAGCACUUGUUUGAUCGCUGUAUGUUUGUAAUAUCCAAAUCUUACGCGCGAUGUCCACUCUGCGGAAGAAAGCGAGCAAAAAGUCAACGGGAAAGAAAUCCGACGCCCUUGUAGGAGAUGUGACCAUUGAUGACUUUGCUAAUACUUUACGAAUCCGUGCAAGGUUCAAGAAAUCAAUUACAAAUGUCUCCAAUGAAGUAAAGCAAGAAGUAAUGAUACAAGAAGAAAAAUCUGCGUGGGAUAAAAUAGAUGAAGAAAAUUCAUUGCAAAAUGAUGUAAUAGAAAGCAAUAACAGAGGCAUGUCUGGUACUAAUACAAGGAGGAAUAGGAGAAGGUUGAAAUGUCAGGAAGAUAAUGAUGAAGAAGAAGGGAUUGAUUAUCCAUUGGACAUAUGGUUUAUUAUCUCGGAAUAUAUACGACCUGAAGCAGUAGGAAAAUUUGCAAGGAUUUGCAAAAGCUCACGCUAUGUAACCACUACUGCAAAAUUUUGGUUUCAUUUAUAUAAAUCAUAUUAUAAAUUUGUACCAAAUUUACCUGAGCAUCUACAGCCACAAUGUAUGAGAUUACAUGGAUUAAGAGCUUGUGUUAUCAGGGCAUUACAUUACAGUUAUUUCACAUUAUUACAAUUGGACACAGAUGAUAUAUCUUACUUACGACAAGAGGAACCACAUUCUCUUGUAAAAAGAAAAUGCACUCUUAUGUGGCAUAAAGAAGGGAAAGUACGAUGGUAUUUCUAUUUUAAACUGAAAGAUAUCUCCAAAACACGUACUAAUUUGUUAAAACAAAAUAAACAAUGUGAUACUAAGAAAACCGAAUUUCUUGAGAUGUUGGAAGAUGUGGCUGUUAAUCCUGAAGAAGGCUGCAAAGUGCUUAGGGUAACUUGCUUAAAAUAUAGUAUGUUACCGCCGGUAAUUGGAUUAGUUUUGCAAACAGUAUCUGUAAACUUAAUGCCUGGCUUUAGAGAACACAGACUUCAACUUGGAUUCGGAACGUCGGAUGUUCCUAGUACAUUAACCAAUCAAGUAAUACUUCGUAAUGUUACCGAGUACCGUAUCUUAGAUUGGUGGGAUUCCGCCUAUCCUCAUCAGGACGUGAGUUAUACAAUCGAAUUAUUGGCAAAUGAUUCUUGGGACUAGAGUUUAUUGUACAGAUUGCUCUUAUAUUUUGUGUAUGAGAAAUAGAGAAACCUUUAAAUUUGAUAAGAAAUAUAUCUGAGCAUGACAAAA